UUAUCAGGCUGCCUAACUUUCUUGUGUCCAGUUUGGGACCAAGGAUUAAAGCCCCAGCCAGGUGGUAUCUGAUUGGUUGGUGACAUUUUUUCACGAUUUGCCGACCAGAACCAACCGUACAAUGAUUUAGGUUCCAAAUCACGUCGAUUUUCGCAACCCUUGAAGUCACAAAGACGACCGGAUGUCCAAAUAUACGGGACAUCGUCUGAAAAUAAAUAGAAAAAGUUCAAGUAGCGAGGUGUUAAUGAGUUUGAUAAAUAAAUUUCUCUCUCUCUCUCUCUCUCUCUCCCUCUCUCUCUCUCUCUCUCUCUCUCUCUCUCUCUCUUUCUCUCUCUUUGUCUUUCGUUUGAUUCGUUAAAGAAAGAAAUCGUUGAUUGUGCGAAAGAGAUCGAGACACGAGAACCGCACAAUACUAUUGCAUAAAAAGAUGAGAUCGCAGCCUCAACCCACUUAAAGAUUCUUCGCAUCACCUUGAAAGAUCGACGUUAUACUCAUCACAUGUAUGAGAUUCGCUUGAAGAUUUCAGAUAGAAAAAUGAUGUGAUAUCAACUUGUUUACUUUCGAAAUCGAGGAGGGACAUCAAUUUAAAGAAAUAACAUUUUAAUCUUACAGACGUUGAGAAAGAGAGAGAGAGAGAGAGAGAGAGAGAGAGAGAGAGAGAGAGAGAGAGAGAGAGAGAGAGAGAGGGAGAGAAAGAGAGAGAGAGAGAGAGAGAGAGAGGGAGAGAGAGAGAGAGAAAAAGAAAGAAAGAGAAAGAGAAAGAAAGAGAAAGAGAGAUUAGAAUAUUUGUAAGAGUUAAGAAAUUUGUUUGUUGCCAAUCAAUAAUUAAAGCAGCUUCUUUUCUCGUUAAUCAUCAAAUGGUUGGGUCGAUGUAAUAUGUUACGUCGUUAGGUCGACUGUUUCGAAAUAUUCAAGCCGUCAAGAAUGAUCUAUCUGGUGAGAAUGAAAGUUACGACGGGCGUAUAAAUCAUUUUAAAACUCUAAGAGCUUCGUUAUUAACGACAUUUUCUUCGGUGGCUUAAAUGCGUUGUGUAGAACUUUCUAAGGUUAUUGUGUCACGUCUUGUCACGUUAUUGAAAUUCUUAUGUAGUAUCUCAUUGUUGAUUUUCAUAACUUUACAUAUUUCUCUAUUUAAAUUUAAUGUCCACCUAUCAAUGACUUUGUUUACGAUCUUUCUGUAGGAUCGAAUUUUUUUUUCUUUUUUUUUCUUUUUUUUUCAUUGAAAAGAAAUCUUCUCUCAACAAAAACGAAUAAAGAAAUUGUGCCAAUUGCAUUUGAGAAACUAAUUCGCGUUCACGCUACGAAGAAUAAAUAUGAUUCAUUAAGUUAUAGGUAUAUAAUUAUCGCCCAUCCCGAUUGUUAUUUCGAGACAUUAUACUCACUCUGUUGUAUAAGUCUGAAAAUCAUAUUGUUCUCCUCUUGAGUUUCCAUAGAUACUAGAUCCAUACAAUAUUCUCUGCAAAUAUUUCUAGCAUCAAGCCAAUCGACUUUUUGAUUAGCGUGAGCGGGCACGUGUCCGCUGUAGAAGUAGUUGUGACCACGGAAAUUGAAUUGUUUAGGUCCUGAAAAAGAUACACAUAAAUAUUAGAAUUAAUGAAGGCACGAGAAAAGUGUCGAAGAUAUUUAUAUUAAUAAUUAUUAAUUAAUGAGUGAGAAACUAUCGUUGAUUUGCAAUUAAAAAUAUUUGCUUUGUAAAGAUAAUAAAAAAAAUUUCUAUGUUUAAAAAGGCUUGAAGCUUUCGUGCGAAAUGGAUAGGUGUUAUUUCAAUAAAGAGAAAGAGAAAUAGAGAAAGAAGCAUUUGUAACAUGGAAUCUCAAAUAAAAAAAUAUUUGCCUUGUAAAAAUAAUAAAAAGAAUGUAUACACGUAAGAGAGCUCGGAAAGUUGAUUUCACGUAAAAUUGAUAAGCGUUAUUUUGAUAAAGAGAAAGAAGUACUUAUAACACGGAAUUACAAAUAAAAGAUAUUUGCUUUGUAAAAAUAAUAAAGAAAAUUUAUAUACUUAAGAGGACUCGAAGUUUACAUGCAAAAUGGAUAAACGUUAUUUUGAUAAAGAGAAAGAAAGAUAGAGAAAGAAGCACUUGUAACACGGAAUCCUAAUAUACACAGGUGUUUCGUAACACGGCGUUAGGUACUCAUAAUGGAACACACGUCGUAAAUUGUCGAUGGGAGAGGCAUACCUGCAUAAAUACCGAGAAAAAGUAUAAAACCGUUGACAUUUAAAGCGAACGAUAAUGACGCGCCGCCGAUUACAAACCCUCUUUGCCAGAGCAACGGAGAUGAAGAACGAAGAACGAAUAACGAAGACGAAGAUGAAAACGAAGAUGAAGACGAAGUACAACGACGAUCAUGAUGAUGCUGAUGCUGAUGCUGAUGCUGAUGCUGAUGCUGAUGAUAAUGAUGAUAAUACUGAUGAUGAUGAUGAUAAUGGCGAUAAUAAUAAUGAUGAUGAUUAUGAUGAUGAUGGUGACGAUGCACGCGGCAUCGAAUCACCGCCCCACAUAAACGGUGAAUGCUUUUGUUGUGAAUACUUCGUACGUGGCGCACUGGUCACGUGCAAUUUUCUUCAAUUGUUCGGCCAAUUAUUAGAGUUAAUAGUUAUGUGAAAGUACUUAGGUCGUUGGAAAUGAAGAGAGAAAAAGAGAGAGAGAGAAAAAAAAAGGAAAGAAAAAUAAAAGGACUUGUUUUCUUGACAAACGAUAGUAUACUUUUGGCAUUUGAUCCUUAGGCAAGAAACUUUAAUACAUCUUUAUAUUUAUAUGAUAUUAUGAUAACGAAAAAUGGU